ACUCACCAUCCUGCAAAGAAAACAACUCACCCCAAACACAACGGGAAGCUGAACGCGCUGGGAUCUGCUUCACUUCACUUCACAGCAGCAUCGGGCAGAAUCUCUCCUCAUUCAAUGGGUCCGCGUGUUGUGCUGCUCUGCUCCAUGUUCGGGCUCCUGCUUGGCCAAGGAGCAGAGCAAGUCUCGAUAGAGGACUGCUGUAAGGAUGGACAGAAUCGAGGCAAUGAUAAUGAAGACUGUGCAUCCCUCCCUCUCAUCUCUGCAUCAGACACAUGCAGGAUAGUGCAGGAGCAGUGCUGUGUGACAGUGCUCGAGGAUAACAUGUGCACCACUGGUAUCAACGUGGCCAAAGACCAAGGAUCCUGUGACUCUUUAUUCAGCAGCACCUGCGAGACCAAGACGACAAAGAUGUGCUGUGGCUGUUGUCUUCUGGGGAAGACGACCCAGGAGCAGGGCCUACCGUGUGAUAACAGCCUGUCUGUGGGCUACCAGUGCGGCCUGGUGUCCCGGGCCUGCUGCAUGGAGGGAGCCUCAGAGAACCAGACAGCACCAACAGCACAAACAGAGUUACCAAACAAGGAUGGAACCAAUGAAAAUGAAGAUAAUUCAGUGUUAACCGACCAGUGUGAAGGGAAAUGUGCUCAUGUCUGUGUCGGCAACAACACCUGUGCCUGUUUGAAAGGCUACAAACUCAAACCAGAUGGGAAGAGCUGUGACGAUAUAAACGAGUGUCUGCUGGGAGCCAGUAACUGUCGGGCAGGACAGCGAUGCAUCAACAAAGAGGGCUCAUUCCGUUGCCAGAGAGAGGUCAGCUGUGGAACUGGCUAUGAACUCACUGACAGCAACGACUGCAAGGAUAUUGACGAGUGCGAGGCUGGCAUCCAUAACUGUGUCCCGAAGUUUGAGUGCCACAACAGCCAGGGGUCGUUUCGUUGUCUUCCCAAGGUCCAGUGUGGGUUGGGCUACAUCCAGGAUGCCCUGGGCGAAUGCCUUGAUAUCAACGAAUGUGUUAGCCACACCAGUCCAUGCAACAGAGGACAGGUCUGUUUGAACACACAUGGCUCCUACAACUGCCAGAGGAACUCUGUGAACUGUGGUCGGGGGUACCACCUUAACGAAGAGGGCACGCGCUGUGUUGAUAUAGAUGAUUGUAAGGGCCCUGAGCAGGUCUGUUCAGGUCAUGGUUGUAUCAACCUGGUGGGCUCGUACCGCUGUGAGUGUGGGAGUGGCUACAUCUUCAACAGCUUCAGCCGCACAUGCGAGGAUAUUAAUGAAUGCAGGCACUACCCAGGCCGCCUGUGUGCUCACAAGUGUGAGAACAGUCUGGGGUCCUACAAGUGCAGCUGCACGACAGGGUUCAAGCUCUCCGCCGACGGCAGGAAUUGUGACGAUCUGAAUGAAUGUGAGAGCAACCCAUGCAGUCAAGAGUGUGCCAACGUGUAUGGCUCGUACCAGUGUUACUGUCGCCGUGGAUACCAGCUCAGUGACAUCGAUGGCAUCACUUGCGAAGACAUUGAUGAGUGCGCUCUGCCCACUGGAGGUCAUAUCUGCUCCUAUCGCUGUCACAACACCCCAGGCAGCUUCCACUGUUCCUGUCCCGUCACUGGCUAUACCCUGGCACUCAACGGGCGCAGCUGUCAGGAUAUUGACGAAUGCGCGGCGGGAACUCACACAUGUGUGGAGAACGAGAGCUGCUUUAAUGUGCAGGGAGGAUUCAGAUGCUUGUCCUUCGAGUGUCCAAACAACUACCGGCGUGCUGGAGAAACGGCAGCAAGGCUUGAGCGCUCUGACAUCAUUCGCUGUAUAAAGUCCUGUCAGUCCACUGAUGUUGCUUGUGUCCUGGACCCUACACUCUCAGUGUCCCACACCAUCAUCUCCUUGCCAACGUUCAGAGAGUUCACAAAGCCAGAGGAGAUUGUUUUCCUGAGAACCACGGUGCCGGCUUACGGGUCCUAUCACUUAGGCAGUUACGAUGUCAAGUUUGACAUCCUGGAAGGCAACGUGGAGAACGCCUUCGACAUCAUCAAGCGGGUAGAGAACGGAUUGUAUGUGGGUGUUGUUCGCCAAGUGAAACCUCUGAUUGGUCCAAUGGCUACAGUUCUGAAACUGUCCAUGCGCAACCUGACGACCCAGGGCGAAUCCGGCCAGAACAUCAUCAACGUCCACGUCUUUGUCUCCGAGUUCUGGUUCUGAGAGCCGUGACUUCACCACAUGCAUUAAGACAUCCACUGUCAACACUGUAAAACAUUGGUUUUGUAAUAUAUCAAUGCACAGAUCAGUGUUGAGGCUUUAAUGUUGUGUUUGAUCACUUUUGACAGUUUCUGAGAUGAAAGGUUGCUUCUGCCGGUGAGAGCACCACUUCUGUUGCUUUGAUGACAAGCUCAGUGAAGCACAUGCCGGUGUUGCAUCUGGCAAAAUUCAGCUAAAUAUGGAAAAACAAUGUCAUUAAAAAAGUCUUUGUAAGAAAUGAGACAAUCGGAAUUGUUUUGAAUGGAAAGUGCAUGCAUUUAGAGAGGUUGUUCAAGGAUAUGAUGAUGAUGAAAUUCUUUUGAUGACAUUACAGUUGCAACAGUCACUUUUCCUUUCUUACUGUAUUCAUUGGAUGAGGUAUUUUUUU